AUGCCUUCGCUCGUUGGUUUGAAGAGGUCUUUGCCAAGGUCCGGCAUGAAAUAUGCCGACUAUAACAAUAUUCUUUCCCGCGGGAGCCGCGACCGCAAGGUCGCUCAAGCCAUCAUGACCGCCGCUGCCGCUGCUACCUCCUCCUCAUCCUCCACCAUCACCACCACCGAGCUGACCAGGUGGGUCGUCGAGCCGCACCUGGCUCAAAUCUUCCGAGACGCCGCCGACCUGUUCGCGGCCAGGAACGCCCGUGGCGGGGAGUCGCCGGCCUUUUCGGCCGACUUCUUCCACCUGAUGGAAGCACUGCGGCCCAUCAGGGCCUGGACCAUGGCUCUCAAAGAGCCCAUCUUCAUCGAGCUUUUCGCGAAGCUCAGCGCGGCCCGUGCCGCCUGGAGGGCAAGCCCUCAGCACCCCCACGACGAGGACAAGCACUGCGAGCUCGCCAAGGCCAUCGACCAGUUCAACCUAGUCGCUGGCGGCAACAAGACUCGGGAGUGGGCCGACGGCGGCCUCGAGCUUUACGAGCUGGUGGGCGGGCUGGCGGGCGUCGACGCCGACAGCAGCAGCGGUGAGGACGACGACCAGCCUUUUCUUCAACAAGCGGACGACGACGUCGACAUGGGAGAUGGUGAGCAGGACAGCCACCUUGCCACCAUCGAGGGGGUGACAGAGCAGGUGGAGGAGAUGGGCCUUUGCGACUAGAACGCGGGCGGGACAUAGCCCAAAACGACGGAAGGAUGGAGGAGGGAUGGAGGGAGGCAUACCAAGGCCAUACCAGAGCUGGUUGCCGAC